AUGAAUUGUGCGUGUUGUUGUUGUUACAGGGUGGAUCCGGAUAGCAGUUUGGCUAGCGAUAUGAAAACAAUGAUGAGGAAGGAUUCUCAGGACUAUAUUCUCUUUCAUUUCCUUUUCAAGGAUACAUUUCCAUUUGAGCCACCGUUUGUACGUUUAGUUUCUCCAACAAUAUCAAAUGGCUUUGUUUUGGGUGGCGGUGCUAUUUGCAUGGAACUGCUGACGAAACAAGGAUGGUCUAGUGCCUACAGCAUCGAAUCACUGAUCCUACAAAUUGCCGCAACACUGGUGAAAGGAAAAGUAAGUUUUGUUUUUUUAAAAUUUACUCUCAUAUGGCUCGUUUGUAUUUUUAUCCGUUUUUGCCUAUAUGCAAAUUGCAAAAACGCAUAUUGCGACGACCCUGUCUGUGUGUGUGUUCGUCUGUCCGGGUAUUUCAACUCGGCAACCAAGCAAGUUCCAGCGCCAAGAUUUUGGUAG